CGGUCCUCCCCGGUUGCGCCACGUCCGCUGAGGCGGUGGCUGGGCCGCUGGCGGGGCGGGGCCGGGGACGGGGCCGGGGGCGGGCGCCAUGGCGGACUGGGCGCGGGCCCAGAGCCCCGCGGCCGUGGAGGAGAUUCUAGACCGGGAGAACAAGCGGAUGGCCGACAGCUUGGCCUCCAAGGUCACCAGGCUUAAGUCGCUGGCCCUGGACAUCGACAGGGACGCAGAAGACCAGAACCGGUACCUGGACAGCAUGGACUCGGAUUUCACUAGCAUGACAGGCCUGCUCACGGGGAGCGUGAAGCGCUUUUCCACCAUGGCGAGGUCCGGGCGAGACAACCGGAAGCUUCUGUGUGGCAUGGCCCUGGGCCUGAUCGUGGUCUUCUUCAUCCUCUCCUACCUUCUGUCAAGGGCAAGGACGUGAGCCACCAGAAGCCGACUUCUGUGGGUGCAGGGGCAACCAGGGUCUUCCCCCGCCUGGUGGCCUAGGCUCCUGAGGACCUACCUGCAAAAUACUCCUUUGAAAGGGGGAUCCCGGCCUGGGAGUUUUCUUGCUGUGUGCCUGGGAGUUGACGGCUGCCUGCGCCCAAGUGAGCUCCUGUUGGCUGGUCCCAUGCAGUGCAGCUCCUUCCCUUGGGGACACCAAGCCCCAGCCCCUGUGCUACUCGGGGUGUGGAGGCCCUGGCAGAGCUGGGUGUGAAUCCUCGACGUGGCCACCUGUGGCCAGCAGCCCUUCCUUGUCCCCUGGGGCUUCGACGUCUUGAGGCUUUGGGUAAGGUCACGUCCGAUACGUGAGCAGCCUGGAGCUGACACAGGAAGGGGGUUCGGUUAUGAACUUUGAGCACCAUCUGCUCUGUUCAGAGGAGCAGCUACUCGGUAGGGCUGCUGAACAUGGGCAGGUCUGCGCCAGGGGUUCCGCCCCGAGGUCACGUCUGCCCCCCAGACCCUCGGAGAAGGGCAGGGGGUUGUGGAUGAAGAAGUGGACUUCAACCUUGGCCAGAGGCACUGGGCCCUGAUCCUUCUGGAUCCACAGUCUUGUAUUCAGGAGCAGGAACUCAGGAUCUACCUAACACCAAAGACGUAUUUCUGGGAGACCAGAGAUGGGAGCUCUAGAAGGGUUUCUGUCUGUGUGUUUGGGGUGGGGGUGCAGCACCUCUGUGGUCAAGACGAGAGGGCUCCCUAACAAGUUUUAUAAGACCCAGGGGUCACCGGGCAGCUUCCCCUCCACCAUGUGAGGCCUUUCAGCAGUGAGUAUUCCCUGAAUAAGGGGACUCUUCAUCAUUGCCUCAUCCCUGGCCUCUCUUUGAGCCCUCACUGCCCGCUUGGCCAGCCCCAUGUUCACACAAACCACAAAGUGCAGGCCCAGCUGGGCGUCCGCACCCUCGUAUGUGCAUGAAGACACAUAAGAAAUGAUUUGCUAGCUGUGUCCUCCCCGGUUCCUUCCCCUAUAUUCCGAUCCUCUGCCAGCCCAGUCGCUCCCCCUUCCUCCCAGAGGACAACUUGGUUUGCUGUCCGCCCAUUCCCCCCCUCAUCCCGUGGGUGAUCACACGUGCGCCGACCACACAUCAGCUCCGUUCUCUGGCCCUGGGCGCCUCCCCUUCAGCACUGCCGCUGCUCUGUGUUCUCCUUGCCUCCCUCCCCUCUCUUGCCCUUGUCCCUGCAGCAAGUUUGGCACGUGGUCAUCAUAGCUUCCUUAUCUCCUGCACAGCAGCUAUUGGGCUGCUCGGCCUCAUCUUCUGAGUGCCCUUAGCCUCCAGAUGCUAGUUGCUCAUCCAGGGAGGUCAGCUGGCCUCCCUGCCUGUGGAGCUUUGCUGUGUCCCUGACUCGACGUUCCCUCUCGGGCCCUGUGGUCUUUCCUCCGCAGUCGCCACGUACACACCGUGGAUCUGAGUUAGCUCUCUGGUGGUCUCCUGCUACGUCUUGUCUUGCCACCGGGACACGUCCGCUGGUCACCAAGGUUAAUGGAGCCUGCAGUGUCCAUCUGGCCACACGGCAGGUGCACCCGUGGCCUGCGUCCCCCCCCCCUCCCUGGGCCUGUGCUGCUGACCUCUCCCUGAGAACAUGCCUCAGCUGUGAGAGACACACCAGACUACGGGGUCGAUGUGGGCUGGUUUAGGUUUUGUGUUUCGGGUAGUCUUGACAAGUGCUUUCUGCUGUCCCCUCGAGACAGCCCACGGCUGCACACUGUCCUGCCUCCCCACCUCCACUCCACAGCUCUGUGUGGCCCUUCCAGCUAUUUGGGGUCUGAGUUUCAGUUCAUUUCUGAUUCACCGUCUUGUUUCUCAUUCUCGCAUUGGGAUGGAUCCCAGGAAGGGGGCGUGGCAGCUCUGCUGCUGACCUGCCGGAGCUUUUGUCCUGCCUGAGACCACACCGUCCAGGUUUACACACGGUUUACUGACGGUCCCUGAGACCCCUAAAACGACAAGGACCGGGGGCUCAGCCCGUGCCAAGUGAGGACACACUGCCAGGCUCUAUCUCAUCAUUCAAGGACAAGGCACUUAAUACACAUUUGGAAUAAACAGCUUCGUGAUGAAGUAAA